AUGAUCACUACUCCAAACAGCUCUCCUCCAUCCUACAAUGACCUCGUUGACAAGGUUUGCCAAAUGGUCGGGUCUGACCCGACUCCCCAGAAGCACAUCGAUGCCGCAGCAAAGCUAGCCGACAAUGAAAUCAAUAUUUUGAUGGACAAUGAAGAUUUUAGUGAUCUGAUCAAGAAUAAGGAAGAUAAUAAAGUCUUUUGCACGGGCGCGGCGAAAGGCCUGGUGUCUCCUGAAUACGCUGAGCAUCUUAAGGAAGUGUCGAAUGCGGCUGUCGAUGUCUUGUAUCUCAAAAUCGCGCAGAUUGAUCGAAUCUAUCGUUCUGAUUUUGGGCCGACCUUGAUUAGGAACCAGUUGGGAAAAUUUAACAACCUCCAGAUAAACUUUACUUCUUUCAUUGCGGACUUUCCAGUCUGGGCAAAGUACAGGGAAGAGGAACUGAACCGGGAAAUAGCCCAAGCUAUUAAGGAGCUCGAGCAGCUGCGUAAGAAGAUAGUGUCACUGAAUAUCUCUAUCCUCACACUGGGUGGAGUGGCUUUUCUUCCAGUACUCACGGUGUUAGCCGCCUGUAGUGGAAUUCUCGGGUCUUUUGUAAUGUUUGGUGGGCUUAUCGCUCUUGGGGUGGGUGCCGCUGCCAUUGUUUCAAUGGCGGCUCUUGCAAUUGCCAAAAACAAGCUUAUUGAUGUGGGCAAGCAUAAACUGGAGGUAUUCCGCGUGAAUGUUAAUAUGCUCCUGUCAGUGUGGACCAGUGUUUCUGCUGAUACGUGGAUUAUCUCGCGGUAUCUCAAUGGCGCGCUACGAAUGGCGGAGUACUUGACCAACUAUACAAAGGGUACCCCCAGCCAAGAAGGCUACCCGUAA